AUGCAAUGAAUAUUCAAACAGCUUGUCAAAUUAAAAAUAGUCUGUACGCAUUAGUGUUUGGGCAAAGCCCAUUACAACAUUUUGCAUUAUUAAAUGAAAUCAAACAACUUAAUAUCAGUUCUAAGGAUGAAUUACCUGAAGAUUGGUUUGAGCAACCAAGAUCUUUAAAUGAUGAUGAUAAUCACCAAGAAAUG